UUUUCAUUGUAAAUAAUUAUAUAACACUUUCCGAUGCUAUUCCAAAUACAUCCAACAAAACGAAUCCAUUUGAAGAGAUUGUCGCAUUCCGCUCUAGACCCUAUGGAUAUAAUUGUGGCGAAGCAACUAGAAGUUCGGAGACUAGUGGGGCUUAUGAGAUUCUCGUUCCUCGGUACAGUGAAUAUCCAUUCAAAGUGUAUUGCGAUGCAAAAAGUCAAGGAGGUGGUUGGGCUGUCAUCUUGAAUCGAAUGGAUGGUAGUGUUGAUUUUUAUCGAAACUGGAAUACCUAUAGAAAGGGAUUCGGCGAACCGGAUGGCGAAUUCUUCAUGGGAUUGGACAAAAUCCAUGCGAUGACUGCAGAGAGGAGUCAGGAGUUGUUGGUACUCCUCGAGGAUUUUGAAGGAAACCAAAGGUAUGAGAUGUAUGAUAGAUUUGCAAUCGGCGGCGAGGAUGAAAGCUAUUUGUUACACACUCUGGGAAAAGCCAGUGGAACGGCUGGUGACUCACUUUUCUGGCAUGAGGGCAUGAAAUUCACAACUUUUGAUCGGGAUAAUGAUGCCUGGAAAGAGGGAAACUGUGCAGAGCUUCGAACUGCCGCCUGGUGGUACAAUAAUUGUCACACGAGUCACUUGACCGGCAAAUAUAACGACACGACCCAUGGCAAAGGCAUUAUUUGGUUCCGAUUUCAUAAUCACGAUUACAGCCUUAAAAAAGCACAGAUGAUGAUUCGCCCAAGAAAGUAAAUAGUUCGACUCGACUCAUUAGCAGAUUUUAAUGCAUUUAUUUUUAUAUGCAUAUUCGCUAAGAAUUAUAAAUAAAAACAUCAAUUGUUAUUUGUAUUAUU